AUCCUAACUGAAUUUCUGGAAUUCUAUUGAUCUUCCUUCCGUUUGGAGGAGCCUGCCGAGCCGGCUGGCUGAGUUGGGGAAGUUUUUUCGAUUUGCGUGAGUGAGCGUGUGCGGGAAACCCCGAACCCCCUGAACGAUGGUUAAAGGCAUUGGAACCCCUUUCGUUUACUGGGCGCAGGACUAUUCGCGAGUAACAUUGCGCAUCGACCUGAAGGAUUCGAGAGGACCUGAAGUGAAUGCCACUACACACUCAGUGGAGUUUUCAGCCAAAGGCGUCGGUGCAAGAGGCGACAAUUGUUAUGGUUUCAAAAUCGACCUUUUCGAGGAGAUCAGGCCCGAACGAACGGAGUGCCGGAUGAACGAUAGACAGGUCGAAUUGGUCUUGUACAAGCGACAACACUCCCCUGACGAAGAUGAGUGGUGGCCUAGACUCACGAGCAGCAAAAUUAAAUUACCGUGGUUGAAAGUCGACUUUGACAGGUUUGCCGUAAGCGACUCCGAAAGCGACCACGAUGCCGCAACGAAUGCUGAAGUCGACAGUCUGUACGAAGAGCUCCUCGGGAAAGAGGAGCGCCGUACUCGGAAACGAGCCCAGGAGCUGCGCAAGGUCUACCUGUUCAUAUACAACUUGUUCCAGUUCUGCGCGUUUCUGACAGUCGGCGUCACGCUCGUAAUCAGAUACUUACGACAUCCAGAAGAGAUGUUCAUUGAAGUCUUCAAGACGUGCGGCGGACCGAUGAAGUUCGCCCUCACCCUUCAGGCUCUGGAAAUCCUACACCCACUGCUAGGUUUCGUUCCGCGAUCAGGAUUUCUACCGGCGUUGGUUCUAGUCGGAGGGAGGUUAUUCAUGUUCUUCGUCAUGAUCUCGGCUGAGCCGAGAAUCCAGUCAAAGCCGGCCAUUACCUAUCUCUUCAGUGCUUACACGCUGAUCGAGUUGGUUCGCUAUCCCUAUUAUAUGCUGAAGGUUUACGAUAAGCAUAUCAAGUUUCUUACGUGGCUUCGAUACACCAUCUGGAUCCCUUUGCUGCCCAUCGGCAUAAUUUCGGAAGGCAUAAUCAUCUUGAGAAACAUUCCGUAUUUCGAGGAAACCGGUCGAUUCUCCAUACAGCUCCCCAAUGCGUACAACUUCAGCUUCUACCUACCGAGCCUCAUGCGACUGUAUAUACUCAUUGGCAUCAUCCCCUUGGGCUCUUUCCUCAUGAGUCAUAUGCUCUUCCAGCGCCGUAGAGUACUUCACGCGAAACGCAAGCGAGAAUAAAGGAGACUGUAUGCGUG